ACCGGGACCGGCCCCGCCCCGCCCCGCAGGAAGCGGAAGGCGCCGCUUGACCUUCCUCCUCCUCCUCCUCCUCCUCCUGCUCCUGCUCGCCCUGCGGCCGCCGGGCACGGAGCAUGGCGGUGCCGCGGCUCCUGCGGGCAGCAGCCCCGCGGCUCUACAGCAGCCUCCCGGCCCCGGCCCCGGCCCCGGCCUCGGCCCGGCCCCGCGCCGAGGAUGACAAGCUGCUCUCCGAGCCUCUCAGCCACCCCGACUUCUUCAACGUGAAGGAGCUCUUCUCCCUGAAAGAUCUUUUUGAUGCCCGGGUGCACUUGGGGCACAAAAAGGGAUGUCGGCAUAGGUUCAUGGAGCCCUACAUCUUCGGCUGCCGCCUGGAUCAGGACAUCAUCGACUUGGAUCAGACGAUGCAGCACCUCCAGCUGGCCCUCAACUUCACCGCCCACAUCGCCUACCGCAAGGGCAUCAUCCUCUUCGUCAGCCGCAAGCGCCAGUUCUGCCACCUGGUCGAGCGCACGGCACAGGCGUGCGGGGAGUAUGCCCACACCCGCUACUGGCAGGGCGGCCUGCUCACCAACGCCCACAUCCAGUUCGGGUCCGGCGUCCGCCUGCCCGACCUCCUCAUCUUCCUCAGCAGCCUCAACAACGUCUUUGAGCCCCACGUGGCCAUCCGGGAUGCUGCCAAGAUGAACAUCCCCACGGUGGGGGUGGUGGACACAAACUGCAAUCCCUGCUUGAUCACCUACCCCAUUCCCGGGAACGACGACAGCCCCACCGCCAUGGAGCUCUACUGCAAGCUCUUCAGGAUGACCAUCAUCCGCGCCAAGGACAAGAGGCGGCAGAGUGAUGUCUUCAGCGAGCUGCGGAGCAAAGAGGAGGGCAAUUAGAGCCCUAGGGAUAGGCUCGGCCGUGCCUGGCAGCUUGGUGACGGGCGUCCCGCUCCGCUCCCAUGGGCGCUGCAGGACUGAUCCCGCACCCAGGGCGCCGGCUUUCGGCAGAGCUGGGCUGGUUGUGGAAGGGACGCGGCAGCUCUGCUGCUGCGCAGAGAUCCCGUGGCGGUCACAGCUGCUCUGGGUCUCUAGCUCAAGAUAAAAUUGCCCAGAGCGACGCAAGGGAAAAUGUGGCCAGGCCCAGCUCCUGUGCUUGUCGCAAGGUGCUUCUGUCCUGUGGCGUUCCCCAUCCUGAGCUUGUGAUCUCGCCCGAAACCACUAGUAUCUCACGCCUCUUCCUGAUGUGACAAAUAAAGGGCACUGUGAUCCUC